UCUACCCUAUCCGUCUCCAUUAUAAACAAAGUUUUCUCUCUCUAAACUCCAAAGCGCGCGACCACAAUUAUUUUCCCUAUGCUCGGUACCCUGUUUCUCACGCGUUCGUCCACAAUUAGGGUUAGGAUUUUCUAAUUUUAAACCCUUGUAAACGCAUUUUUUUGGCCCGUCUUUUAUUGCCUGUCCUUUUCUGUAAUUUUUCGGAGAUUACCUUGCUGUUUCGUGAUCGUUUGCCUUCCUUUAUAAAUAAUUGAGCAGAGUGCUUUUUCUCCAUUAAGGGUUCAUUCUUCAUUUUCUGAAGUCAAGCAAUGGGGCAAUUGUUUUGUUGUCUGCAAGUUGAUCAAUCUAAUGUUGCCAUUAGAGAACAAUUUGGGAAGUUUGAUGAUGUCCUAGAACCUGGGUGCCAUUUUCUGCCCUGGUGCCUGGGAAGCCAGGUGGCUGGUUACCUUACACUGAGGGUGCAGCAGCUCGAUGUUCGAUGUGAGACGAAAACUAAGGACAAUGUAUUUGUCACGGUUGUUGCAUCUAUCCAAUACCGAGCCUUGGCAGAUAAGGCUUCUGAUGCUUUCUAUAAGCUCAGCAACACGAAAAAUCAAAUCCAAGCUUAUGUUUUUGAUGUUAUCAGGGCCAGUGUUCCAAAGCUCAACCUCGAUGAUGCAUUUGAGCAAAAGAAUGAAAUCGCAAAGGCUGUGGAGGAGGAGCUUGAGAAGGCCAUGUCGGCAUAUGGUUAUGAGAUAGUCCAGACACUUAUUGUUGACAUUGAACCAGAUGCACGAGUGAAACAGGCAAUGAAUGAAAUCAAUGCAGCUUCUAGAAUGAGAGUUGCAGCCAACGAGAAAGCUGAGGCUGAGAAAAUCCUCCAAAUCAAGAGGGCAGAGGGUGAAGCAGAGUCCAAGUAUCUCUCUGGUCUUGGAAUUGCAAGACAAAGGCAAGCAAUUGUCGAUGGUCUGAGAGAGAGUGUUAUCGCGUUCUCUUCCAAUGUUCCAGGUACUUCUGCUAAAGAUGUUAUGGACAUGGUUUUGGUGACCCAAUACUUUGACACAAUGAAAGAGAUUGGGGCCUCUGCGAAGUCCUCUUCAGUGUUCAUUCCACAUGGGCCUGGCGCUGUUCGUGAUGUUGCGUCGCAGAUCAGGGAUGGGCUUCUUCAGGCCAACUUGGGGUGAAGACUCUCUCUCUAGCGUGCUCUCUUAUGCCCUCUCUGGCUUGUCGCCUCUCUCUGUGCAGCUUCGUAUCUCUCUAUAGCCUGCUGUUAUGCCUUCUUUCUCUCAUGCUGAUGCGCCUCUCUCAGUCUGUGUGUGCACACGUGCCUUCCUCUCUCAGUUUGUGUGUGCUCGCCCGCCUUCCGCAACAUGUUUUGAGGACUUAUUUGCAUGUAUGAUAUUGGUUUUCUCCACUUUUUCAUUUGGAGUGGUUUAUAUGUGAUGGUUUGUGGAGCUUCUUGUAUGGCAAAGCUGUCUACUUUUGUCUAUUAUUAAAGCCAAUUGGUUGAACACCUAAACUGGAGAUCUCUCUCAUUUUGGUUUUGCGUAUGUCUAUAUGGUUUUGUGGAGGUGGGGUGUAUAAAGACACAUGUACUUUUUGUCUUUGACUCUGUCAUUCAAUGCACACUACUUUAAAAUAGUUCGUGA